CCUGAACUCAGGUUUCACUUUUGCAGCCAUGCUAGUGUGGUUUGUGUCAGCGAAACGACAUGCGAACGGGACACCCCGCCUGAAUUUAACCAGCUGGCAAUACAGCCAUUGCACCGCGUUUGCCUGAGUGCCAAGGAGCAGCUUGGUGAAAGAGGAUGGAUGGAGUCAGCUGGAGCACCUCAAGGGCCCAGGAGUCGUUCAGCCGCUCCAGGACAGCAGCAGACACUCUGUCCAAGCUGGCCAGCUUCAUUGCACGCGCUGAGACCAAACAGCACACACGCAAUGAGAGGCGGCAGUCAUCCCACCUGCCCACUUAUGUUUGUCAGGAAUGUGGUAAGGGCUUCCUUUAUGCCACAGAUCUGUUACGCCACCAGGAACUAAAACACACAUUACCCAAGCCUCACCGGUGUCCCUCCUGUGGACAGGAGUUCUCCCUGAGGUCAUCCUUACUGCUACAUCAGUGCGAUCAUGAUUUCUCCCCGUGUGAGCUUUGUCACGGAGAGUCGCAGCUUGGUUCUCCAUGUCCUGCAUGUACUACUCACACCGCAGAGCCUGGCAGGCCGCAGAGCAAGCCGCCUCACUGCCAGCCUCACCUCCUGGACAGUAGCCCCUAUGCAUGUGCCCCAUGCGGGAGAGGCUUCAGCCAAAAGCAGGCUCUGCUGCACCAUCAGCAGGCUGGUUGUAGUGAGCCACAAUCCCCAUCAGAUAAAGCUGACGCCAGUAGCCUUCCAGAUGAUUCUCCACCAGUUUCUGAGGGAGACUCGACCCGCUCUGAUUCUUCGGACGUCCCAGGAUCCAGCAGCAGAGCUGUCAAUAUGUGCCAAUUUUGUUUGAGAGCCUUCCGCACAGAGGCUGGACUGGCACGCCACAAACAGACCAGCCAUGCAGAGGAGCUACUGACGGCUCCACAGGGACAAAAGACCAAAGGAGAGGCUACUGCUGAAGAAGUGAGAAAAGGAGGAAAUGGAGAUCCAAUUAAAAGGCCAAAAUCCCAAAAGAAGUCCAUGAACUGUCGCUCUUGCGACAUGGUUUUCAGGAGCACCUCUAAACUGUACCUGCACAGAAAAGAGAAGCACAGCAGAGAGAAAAAUGUCAGGAGAGAACCAAGGCCAGUCAUUAGCAAGCGCAGGAGAGCAGACGCGUAUCCAUGCCAGGUCUGUGGAAAAGUCCUCUUCCACCAUUUGUCACUUAGGGCACAUUACAGACAGCACACAGCCUCAAGCUUCACCACAAUCAAAAAUAAAAGCCAAUCUGUAGGAUGUACUACCAAAGACUCCAGGUUAUCAGAAAAUACACCAAAUAAAGAAAAAAAAAACAGCCUAGCAGAUAACAAGACAGUUAGGGCUGGUACAGGGAGGCUCAGGAAUGUGGCCAGAUUAGAGAACAAGGUCACGGAUCCAGAGAGAUGCAGAGAAGUGCCUGAAGUGGAGGAGGUGCUGGAGGAGGAGGAGGUUGAGCGAGAGUUCCCAUGCCCCUCCUGUGCAGAGGUUUUCUCUCUCCAGUCGCAACUAAGGGAGCAUGUGGAGCUCCAUCAGUCCUCCGUGAAGAGGAGACAGUGCAGUGUGUGCACAAACGAGAUGGACACGUGUAAAUGGCUGGGCUCAAAGAGACAGAGGCUGUACCACUGCGUGCCCUGCCAGCAGGGUUUCUCAGCACUGGACUGUUUCCUCGAGCACUGUCAGGAACACCUGCGAGUCAGGGUGGAGGAGGACAGCAUCACAGAGGGCUACACACAUCAGGCCACCAAAGCCUGAGAUUCAGUUUGAAUGUCAUCAGCGAUUGCCAUUUUGCCUUGAAGGAUUAGAUAGUAAUGAAAUCUUUAUGGAGUAGUGUUAAUUAACCAUCAAUUGAGCAUUCACAACAUCUUUUUACACAUAUGCUGUUGGUUAAAUGAUAUCCAUACCAACAUAUUGAGGCUUAAAGAGACUGGAUUGUUAAAGGGCCAUACUGGGAUUUUUGCAUGUUUUAUUUAGCCCUUUUACUGUGAAUCACAUUUAAUUUACUGCCAACCAUUUUGUAAGGCGUCCUGUGGUCUUUUUCAGAUUUUCUACAUUCUAGGCAGCCACUUGUGUCUUUCUCAGUAGAGUAUGUAAAAAAGUUUGUGUGAGAUCCAUCACAGUGACCAUUUAAUUAUUGUUUAACAACUGCACAUUAAAUACAUUUGAAAAGUGAACGUUUUAGUGUGUUCAUGUGCUUAUGGGAUGUUCCACUGUCUCUGAUUUGAGUGACUCACAGAGAGUGUUGCAUUAACAAGCUAUGUUGUUGUGAAAUUAAACAAGACAAGAAGCUAAUGUGGGCAUUGCAAAAAGAAUCUCGUAUGUUGUGUGGCAGCCCGCUCAAACACAAGUUGGAGUAUCCCACAAGCACUUGUAUGCACCAUUAAUGAGCACAAUUUAAUAAAUUCAGCUACAGAUGACAAAGCUUAGACUAAACAUAAGUCUGCAAGACGAUUUCUCACUUUAAUGAAGGACACUAAACCUGUGGCAGCCUAAAAAGUUGGGGAAAAACAUGCAAAAAUAGCAGUAUGUGUCUUUAGUAGAUUUUGGCAACACUGACACGCCACUGUUUCAUACAGAAGACUUUGUUUCCGAAAAACAUCUUAAAGUUAAAAUGAUCUUACACCUACAAUGGGACUAAUAUCAUCUUAAUAAAGUGCUUUGUGAGUCCUUCUGCACAACCAUCGUACGUUCUAGCCAAAGCACUGCCAGAGAUGUCUGUUUUCUAGAGUCUAUUUUUGCACCACACAUCUGGAGUGCUUUAUCUAAUUAUGGUCAGAUUUGUCUCCUGCUGUAUUGUAGUUAUUCUUCUUAGAAUUUUAGCAAUAAUUAGUCAUGAAUUGGUGGGAACUUUGGUGUGUCACUUUCUGGAUUGUCACUGCCAUGUGUUAGACCUGGGUAUUAGCUUUUGCAUCCAAUUUGUAGCACUGCUCCCAGCGCUGGAUGGAAGUUUAGCGCUUUGAUCGAGACUGCACAGUAUUUCAAGUGCUGUCCCCUGGUAUGAAGGAAAUCACGAAGUGUGAAAUGUUUUGAGCAUUUUUACGUGCUCUUUCAAGGCUUCUACACGUCCUUUUUGCCAUAAAUGAACAAACUUUCAAUGGCUGUAAUGGAUAGUAAUGCCUAAUACAAUGCCUUUCAUUAUGGCCUGUCUUAGCUGAUCAGAAUGAACAAGCCACAGCCAUGCACCUGAUACAGUGUUUAAGAUUUGGAGCUGUAUGCACUGCUAUUUUCACAGUCUGUUUAGCUGGCAUGUUCUCGGGUGAUAUUACCUAGCUAUGCAAACAUAUAGACUGAUGGCAGCCUUUCAGUAUGUCUGUGAUGCUUGAUAAGUGCGCUUUGGUGAAUGAACGAGGAUCAAACAAGUUAUUUUUUUCUAAACAGUUUUCAGCUACUGUGAAAAUGUGGAUACUUAUUUAAUAUGUUUUUAUUCCUCCACUUUUUCAAGGUGUUUUGUAAAUUAGUUUAUGGCUCUGGAUAGAUUUAGAUAUAGAAUUAAAACUUAACAAUUCCCAUGAAAUGUUUGUCUGUUUUCUUUUUAGUAAUCUUGUGAAUACUUUCAAACUGGGUCGUCCGUAUGCUCCUGAGCUUUCCAUGAAAUGUCUUUCUCUGCAAGGUAUACUACACUGUUUAUAUUUGUCUGCUUGCUACAUUUGCUGCCAUGUUUACAAUUCCAUAUUUAAAAGAGAAACUAUUGCACUGUUUUUGAGUCUAGAAGUGUAUGUAUAUACUGUAUGUGUGUUGUUUUCUGUCAAGCAAAUCUUAAAAAAGAAAACGAAAAAAG